UAAGGCAGAGGGGAGGUAACUGCGAUGCUUGGUCUUUAUCUUUUAACCCUGAGCAUCUCCACCCAACGUCCUAUACAGAGGAACCACGGACCUUGAAAUCCCCAAACCCGCGUCUCCCAGGGCGGGGAGUGUGACAUUUUUCAGCAUUUCAAGUCCUGUCUGUGAGUGUGGUGGCAGCACGGCAUGGCCUCAAGAUGCAGGUGUGAUUGGUCCACAUAAAGUCGCCUGAGAACACAACCCAGAGCAGGAGGAGGAAGAGGACAGUAUGGCUGCUUCUCAGGGACAGUUGACCUUCAAUGAUGUGGCCAUAGAAUUCUCUCAGGAGGAGUGGGCAUGCCUGGACCCAGCUCAGCGGAAACUGUACAUGGAUGUGAUGUUGCAGAACUACAGGAACCUGGUAUUCCUGGGUCUUGCUGUGUCUAAGCCAGACCUGGUCACCUUUUUGGAGCACAUGAAGGAGCCCUGGAAGUUGAAGAGAAAAAGAACAGUAUCCAUCCACCCAGCUCUGUCUUCUCAAGUCACCCAGGGUUUGUUUUCAAAGUCAGACGUAGAAGAUUCAUUCCAGAAAAUGCUACAGAGUUCACAUAAUGAAGAGAGAAGUAAUCAAUGCAAUGAAUCUCAGCAAAACAUUAACCAAGGGUCAAAUUCUAACAACCAUCAGGGAACUCUGCUUCCACAGAACAAUUAUAAAUGUCCAAAAGUCUGUGAUAAAAGCUCAAAUAUGGUUUUAUGUCAGAAUAAUCAUACUGUAGAGAAGACAGAAAGAUAUCGCAAAUGUGCCAAGUCUUUCAACCAAUCAUCAAAUCUUACUGAACGUAGAAAUACUCCGGAGGAGUCUUUCCGGUGUAAUCACUACAUGAAAGUGUUUAGUCAGUCUUCUAAGUUAAAUAUACAUAAGGAAAUCCAUACUGCAGAGAAGCCUUACAAAUGCAAACAAUGUGAUAAAGCCUUUAGGUGGCAGGCAAAUGUUAUUUCACAUCAGAGAAUUCAUAAUGGAGAGAGGCCUUAUAAAUGUAAAGAAUGUGGCAAAGCCUUUAACCACAGGUCAAGUCUCAUUCGACAUCAGGUAAUUCAUACUAGAGAGAAGCACUAUAAAUGUACAGAUGUUGGCAAUGCCUUUAACAUGUGUGGAAACCUUAAGAAACAUGAGAUAAUUCAUUCUGGAGUAAAGCCUUAUGAAUGUAGAGAAUGUGGCAAAGCCUUUUUCUUGAGCUCAGAACUGGUUCGACAUCAGAGAAUCCAUACUGGAGAGAAGCAUUAUAUAUGUAAACAAUGUGGCAACGCCUUCACCUGCAGCUUAAGUCUUUCUCUACAUGAGAAAACUCAUUCUGGAGAAAAGCCUUAUGAAUGCAGAGAAUGUGGCAAAACCUUUACCUUGAGGGUGAAUCUUCGUCGACAUAAGGUAAUUCAUUCUACAGAGCAGCCUUAUAAAUGUAGCGAAUGUGGCAAAGCAUUUAUGUCGAGCUCACAUCUGACUCGACAUCAGUUAAUUCAUUCUGGAGAGAAGCCUUAUAAAUGUACAGAAUGUGGCAGAGCCUUUAAUGAGUGUGGAAGCCUUAAGAAACACCAGACAAUUCAUACUGGAGAGAAGCCUUAUAAAUGUAUGGAAUGUGGCAAAGCAUUUAGCCGGUGUUCAACCCUUACCCAUCAUCAGAGAAUUCAUUUAGGACAGAAGCCUUAUAUCUGUGGAGAAUGUGGCAAAGCCUUUACAUGGUCUUCGCACCUUUCUAGACAUCGAAGGAUUCAUCAGAGAGAAGCCUUAUGAAGGUUGAGUAUGUGGCAAAGCCUACAGUGCACAAUUCUUACCAAAUAUAUGUGAAGCUUUAGAAAUGUGAGAAGUAUGACAAAGUCUUUAACCUUGCUCUAGCUCUAUUCAAUAUUGGGGACUACAUGUUGAAUAGAAGCAAUCUAAAGAAUAUGGAAAAAACAUCAACCAUUGCCCAAACCUCAUUAAAUAUCAGAGAAUUCAUACCACAGAGAAUCCUCACAAGUGCAUAGAAUGUGGUAAUGCCUUUACCCAGUGUUGAAACUUUAGUCAAUAUCAUAUAAUUCAUGCUGACUGACACGAUAGAAACAUAAAGAAUGUCAAAACCUUAAACCAUUUAUCAAGGCUCACUGAACUUUAAUGAAUUCAUACUGAAAAGAAGCCAUACAAAUAAAAAAGUUCUCCAUUGCCUAUAUUCAGCUUUUACAUCUUAAUUGACACAUGAGAAUUCAUAGUGGAGAGAAACUUCAAAGAAUGUGGCAAACCCUUUACCUGGACCCAGAGUCUUCCUGAAUAUCAGAGAAUGCCUUUGAAAUAAGUGAUGAAAAUCUUGUCCCCCAAAUACACAUUUCAGAAAAGUCUACAGAAUUUGUGCGUGAAAGUGAUUUAAAGAAGUAGAAAAUGUGUGAAAGUAGAUAAUGCAAAUUAAUGUAAAAUAUCAGAGAAUUCACGUUAGAAACUAGUAAGUCAAUAACACUUUUCAAAUGUGACUUUAAAUCAAAAGUAUUCAUGUGAUUUAUACCAAUUCAUUUCAUGAUUCUUUGAGUGGUUGUAAUGUGUAUUUUGACUCGAGGAAAUACAGUGUUCUUGCAAUGCUUUAUUUAGACUAUGUGUGGACUUAAUGUGUUCAUUAAUAAAGAUGAAGUAAUUGAAAUAUGUUUACAGUGAUGUGUAAUGAAUGAGGUGUUGACAUGCCAUCAGUGUUAAUGUUUUCCACCUUAUUCACCAUUGUGGGUAACUAUUUGUAAUGCAGUGGAGUGACAUCAUUUACUCACAGGCCUUAAACCUUAAAUAAUGUAUUAAGAGUUUACCCAUAAUUUAUCUUUUUAUUCAUUGUAUCU